CGAUUAUUGCUUCAGGUGUAAAUGGAACCGGUGGUACAUGAAAAUGAUCCGAUGGGAAACAAUGAGAGCUAUGAUGCUUGUGAUACUGUGAAACUUGUUUAUUGUAUUUUGGAUGAAAUUGCUGGGAGUGUAGAUCGUCUGGGAGAAAGUCAAGUUAGCGGUUUGUUACCUCUCCUCUCCCGAGUUGAAAGCACCUUCAAGUACCGCCACUAUCAGUUGUCACAAGCUUUGACAAAUGAUCUAAUGGAUGAUUUCUCUAAUUGGUGUAUCUACCGUCUGAUUGUGAUUGCUUGUCGACCGCAGUUCACUUACCACUUACAGCUUGUUGGAGAUCAAAUCAAAUCCCUUAUGCUGUUGCUUGAAAGGCAUCAUUUAAACAUAUAUCUCAAGCGUUGUGUACAUUUGGUGUCAGUUCUUCAAGACUUACUAGGCGCUAUGGAGCUUUCUGAUCAGAAGGUUUCUCAUGAUUUCCAUUGGAAACUGAAAGCACCUGCCGGUUCAAAAAGUGUUGUCUGUCAUGAUGAGUCGAAUGAACUAAAGUUUCUUUGUUCACCUGUCGAGUUGACUACUCUGAAGGAGGCAUACCGAUUAGUAUCUAUUUUAAGCUACACAUUAGGAUCACUGUUUGCCAGUUUUCAUGCUUACUUACCUCUUGUUGUUCAUCGUGUAUUUCACAUUCUGUGCAGCGCUGUGGAGCUAACCGAUGUAUACGGAAAACAGAGAGCCUUGGAUGCAAUAUACCAAGGCACUGAUACACUCUUUAACUUGACUUCUGAACCAGUUUAUGGGUCUACAAUAUUGAAUUAUAUCUACACUGCUACUGGUCUGGUAAUCAGCUUCUUAUCAACAUGGCAUGAGGGUGCUAUGAAAUUAUCAGUGGAUCCGUUGAUAAUGGAUGAAUAUCUGUCCUUGCAGAAUACGACUGCACUUUGUCUACGUCUACUCUGUGUUGUUGAGCAGCGUAUUUUAAAUUCAAAACUACUAAGUUCUGAUCGAUUUCCACAUCUGAAGUUACUAAACACCGCCUGCAUUCAGGUGUUGAACACUGAUUGGAUUAGGAACUCUGAUCAACAAAAUCUUAAACGUGCUUUAAUAGAUUUUAUUUUGCAUUGCUUGCCGUACGUUUUAUUAUUUAAUGAGAAAAAUCCAAGUUGUCUGCUACAUUGUAUUUCAAAUGUUGACGAUGAACUCAGUGAAUUUCUGAAGGAUGAUGAAUAUAAUCUCGACCCGAUUGCUGUUAUCUUACCGAUUGAAAUGUUGAAUAUUGAGUGUAAGUCAGUUGUCUCGAAAUUCUUAUUGUCGAGUGGUACAAAUCAAAUCAAGGCUUUUCUUAAUACACAUAUGGUCAAGCACCCCGUUGAUGACAACAAUAUUCAUGAAAUCAUUAAACAUUGGAUUGUUUUCACAAGAAUUUGGGGUGGUUUGUCUAAUUUCCGAAAUCAUACGAAGUUAAAAGAUCUUAUUCAAAAGUUAUCGGCGCAAGCAGUUCACACAGUAUUUAACCAGCUUUCUAAAACAGUUCAGUUUACUCAAACAUCAACUUUAGUUGAUGUGAAAAAACUUGCUUUGACUUAUUUUGGUCUCCGUUUAUUAUCCAAAGCUGUCAUCACUAUUAAAAAGUUUAGUUGUUAUGAUACGUCAGUACUGCAUUUAUUGGUCAAUUGGCUGAAAAAUUUAAGGACACAAGUUGCAUGUGAUAAAAGGUAUUGGGUAUAUUUAUGUGGAGCCACUAUAUCACUAUUAUGUUCGUUACUAUUUUGGUUUUCAUCUGUGAAUACAAUUUCUGUAGAAGAAUUAUCUGGAUAUUUAGUUGACCUUAUCAUUAGUUAUGUACCACUAGAUAAGGAACAUAUCAACCUGUGGUUGUAUGAUCUACUUGUCGAAGUACCGAGGUUAUCUGCGGAUUCAAGUUUUGGUGUUGCAGUUAGACAACACGUAUUUGUUAAACUAUUCGAAAAAGUGAAAACUAACCGGUUUAUGACAAAAUCGACUAUUCUCCUUCUAUAUCGUCUGUCAGCCAACAUUUUAUGCAUUCUUAACAACUGCCCUGGUAAUCCAUCCUUAUACUGUACAAAUAACCACAAUGGACCUGGUUUAUUGAACACAUCAACAGAUAACCAUGUUAAAAACGUAGAGAACUUGUCCUUAAAUCAUCAUGUUGAAUUUUUAUUCUACUUAUAUGAUAAUCAUGAUAUGGAAAAAGCUGUUGAAGUAUUGAUGAAUGAUUUCGCUGUUUAUUUGGCAUCACAUAUACAAUGGAACUUCUUAUCUACUGAUCAAAUACGUUUGUAUUUUACUAUCAUCUUGAAGAAUUUGCAUCGGUUUACGCCGCAUAUCAUUCGGAAGAUUUUUGGUGAUGCUUCUUGCAAUUUAUCCAAAGCUGAUCUAAAGUCAUGGUUAUUUGUGCAUAAGUCUAUUGUGGAAUUCUUAUGCAUCCAGUCGAACGAAAACUCAACUAAUUUCUCCAUUGUAACUCUAAGUGAAUAUCAUACUAUGAUAUAUGGUGCUUUAGGGUGUUGUCUAGCUGACCGAUAUGCUGAUUUCAUGUUCAGUCAACAAUUGCAUAUUGAUAGUCAUGAAUUUUUUUGUGGACGUAUGUCUAGCGAAACUUUGUCGACCGGUUCACCAAAUGUUACAUCUACCCAACUGAUUGAUUUAGUUGUUUCAAUUCUGUCAGCCCUAUGCCGAUUGGGUUUGUUGCAUCAGUAUAUGCAUCCAAUGUUUGGCGCAGUUUAUGCACAGAUUCAAAGUAUUAUCUCACUACUUCGUUUGCCAACUGCACAAGUUUUACGACUUGGUGAUCAUCAAUUGGCCCAGGUUAUUGUUGAGCAUAUGGAUCAGUCCGUAUUUCAGACAAUGGAAAGUCUUUCUAGACUUUUUCGUGUUGAGAAAAGGAUUUUAAUUAAAGAACUUAUUGCUGCUUUGUUCAUCGCAUUGGUUUUACGCGGGAAUCAAGAAAGUCAUUUAAGAAUUAAACAGCUUGUUUCAGAAGUACCUUAUUUAGACAAUAAACAGGAGUAUGUUGCCAAAAUUGUUCAAUUGUGUGUACUACCAGAAAUUUUAGUUUACAUUUUCACGCGUACUUCGAAGGAGGAUCAAGCUGUUCAUCUGGCAUUUCUUGAAGCACACCUCAGUAUGUCUAUAGAGCGUAUAGCUCGACUGAAUGACAUUUCUCGUCUUAUGCAUCAGUUUAUCCUUCGACUUUACCCGUAUCGUGUAGGAACAUGUUUAGGUCUACGUUGGGUAUCCUCUCUGAUUCUUCCACAGUGUGGGAGCGGAACACAAUCUUCGGGGCUUACACCUAUUGCUGGGAGAAAUUUUGUCUUGGCUGAUUUUCUAGGACAUUAUGUUUGCGGAAUAUUAGCAUUUUUCGAUAACAUGCUACUUAAUGAUGAUGUUAUACUUGAACAUCGUUGGACAGCUUUACGAAGUUUAGUUGUAUUCAUACAGCUUCUUGGUCCAAAUCAUGUUACUCGCAUGAGGGCAAAAUUUAUGGCUAAUCUUAAAAUAUGUCUCCGCUAUAAUACAUCACCGUUUGCAAAAGUUGUUGUAAAAGCAUGGCGCAGCUUCAUACGUAUGUUGGAGCCAGAAUCGUUGAACGAAUUACUUCCUGAUUUAGGAGCUACUCUAGUUGGACUUUUAUCAAGUGAUGCUGAUCAAGUAAUAGAUUUAUUUCAUUAUCUGUUUUUAGAGAAAAGAGAACAACUUGGUGAUCGUUUAUCGUGUUUAUUUUUUUUGCCUCGAUUGCCUUCUUUGUUAACAUGUCAACAAAUUUUGGAUGAUUUAUGCCCAUGGCGGAGAUCGUGUUUUAUCAAUGACAGUAAUCAUACAGAAACAGAAAUACAUCAGUUACUUUCAUCAUGGUUAUCAGCUUUAACUCAUUCUAGUCGGUCUGUUCGACGACUUGCUCUAACAUCAGAAGUGAAUUUUGGUGCAAAUGGCCAACAUGGAAAAGUUUUACGAUCUCGACUUUGGGUUUUACCAAGUAUAACUGAUCGCUCAAUUUCUUCAUCAAAAGGAACUGAUAUUCAGUCCAUUUCUUCGGAUACAGUUCAGUCUAUGGAAUCAGUAUCUGCAAUAUCGUUUCGUGGGAAUACCUCUCUUAUGGCAGAUAUUAUAGCCUCUCUACUAGAAGGUCUUACCAGAGAUACUGAUGAAAAGAUGAGAUUAUUGUAUGCUCAGUGGCUUGGUAAUCUCGGUGCAAUUGAUCCCUGCAGGCUAUGUUUAUCAAAUGGGGAAGGGAAGCCUGGUUCUCACAAUGAAAAGGAUCCCGAAAUAUUUGUUAAUGAUCGUCGUUUUCCAUUUCAUGUUCUGUGCGAAUUAGCGAAAAUAUAUUUACGUGCUGCUAGCCCCAGACAAUUAGAUUCAGCCGCUUUGGCUGUUCAAGAACUGUUAAAACUAUUCAAAGUUCCAGAUAUUGGAAAGUCAAAUAAUUCAUCUUCAGUAAUCAAUGAAACUGAAGAUGAGUCUCUUAACUUAUUCUUUUGGGGUUGUGAAUUAUGGAACCUAUUCCCUGAAUACAUGCGUGAUCUUUUUGCACCAUUACUUACUUCCAGGUAUGUUGUUGAAUCAUUUAUAAAUUGGUCAACUGUACAUAUUCCAAUCAUUACAAAUCAAGUUAAUUUAACUUAUGAAUCAUGGAUACGAUUAUGGUCUGGUUCUUUGAGCAGUCAUAUUAAAUCUCCACUCGUCUUUCGUAUCUUUCAAUUUUGUGAACCUGUGGUGAAAGCUGAUGCAACAUUUGCUAGGCUAAUGCUGGAACACUGUGCUUUACAAGUCUUACUAGAUGAUUCUGAAAAUGGCAUUUCUGCACUUCAUUCCGAAGUUAUGGCCGUUUUUACUGAAGUAUCUGAAUCAAUUCGAGAAAGUGGAAGUCACAUUAACUUUGAUAAUAUUUUGAAAACUGUCAAUUUACACGAAGGCCAUCCAACAAGUCGUCGACCAUGGAGAUCAUGGUUUUCACUAGCAGUUCAGACAAUUUUUGGCUUAUUGGAUUAUUUAAGGCGUUGGUUGGAAGCGCAACAAGUGCCUCAGCCGUCAAAAUCAACUGGAAAAGGAGCUCAUUCUGUUAUUGAAACCUCCAAGGACAAAGAUUCUCCUCAUCAUGUUAUAGCUUCAUCAGAAUGUAUUGAACGAGUCGCAUCAUUUCUUUCAAGCAUUCCCAACCUAUUGCAGGCGAAAGUCAGUCUACGUUGUGGCAGCCUAGCUCGAGCUUUAUUACAUUGGGAAUUAGCAUAUAGUGAAGAUACGGUAGCUCAACAAUCAGCUUUUAUCACUGGUAUUGCUGUAUGCCAAUCUGAUAGCGAUCAUACUCUUGGAUUUACAAAAUCAUCUUCGGAUAAUACGGAAUUGAUCUCUGCUUUAUCUUCUGAUAAGAAAUCUACCCAAAAGUUUUCUAAUAAAUUUGGUAAAAGUGGUAUUAUUACUCUUGUGGGUUUACUGGACACCUAUGCUUCUUUGCAUGAUUCAGAUGGUUUAGCUGGUGUUCUCUCAGCUAUUCAGCUGGCGUUUGCUGCAUUCGACCAAGAAAUCAAUCCUGAUAGACGACGUGAUCCGAAAGGUCGCAAUAAAAAUUUGGAUUCGUAUGGUGGUCGAACACAGCGAUUUCCUCUGCUUCGUGCUCUAGAGUUAGAAAAUGAAGGACAACUGGAUAUGGCUGCUGCUGCAUACGAGCAUAGCUUAGCUACUUCUGAAUCAGAUCAUCGUUGUUCGCAGAGUAAACAGUCCAUAAAAGGAAUUCAUGACAAUCAACAUUUACUUAUGUACAGUGGUCUUUUUCGGUGUGAACUUCCUGAUCCAGCUCGAUUGCAUGGUUUGGUUGAACGAGCAGGUGCUCUUGUAAGAAAAUCAAAAUGUUAUUCUAAUUCUAAUACUGCUGUUUGGGCUGAUUGUCUUAAUGCUCAUCGAGCUGAGGCAGCGUGGCGAUUGGGUGACUGGGAUACUCUACAUGAAACUACUAAUAUGAACCUUCAAAAGUGUCCUUGGUCGGUUGGAAUUGGUCGCUUGUUUUUAGCAAUGAAAGAUAAGCGAACUUCUGAAUGGUCAAAAAUUUUGUCUCAAUUACGAGUAGAUCAAGUAACUGAGUUAGGCGCCGCUGCACUUGAAGGCCCAGGCGGUUAUACUCGUGCUUACGAUACAAUAGUUCGUUUGAGUUGUUUGUCUGAAAUUGAAAUUAUCAAUUCUCUUGGGGAAGUCAUCAUGAAUGAAAUUAAAAAUCCAAUAAGUCGAUCAUCUGAAAGUAACCUUCAGAAUUCAAUUGAAACAACUUUGCACUUAUUAGAAACUCGAAUUCGUCUUAGCCGUCCAACUUUUCAUACUUUAGAGCCUGUUUUAGCUGUCCAGCAUACUGCUUUACAACUUAUUACUUCUUCUCUUAGUUCAUUGAACAACGAGGUUUGUAAACUGACUAAUCAAGAAGCACUCAAUUCAGCCAUUUCUCGGUUACGUGUUGCGUUAGGCUAUAAUUGGUUAGAACGUGCUAAACUGGCCAGAAAAUCUGGACAAUUUAUGGCAGCGUAUACAUGUGUUCUUCGUGCUGAAGACCUUGGCAUUCCAGAUGCUCUAAUUGAAAGAGCUAAAUUAUUAUGGCAAACCGAUAAAAGGGAAGCUGCUCAAGCCUGUCUAGACAAAGGCAUUCCAGAGGUGUACGGAUGUGUUAUUUCAAAUGUGCAUAAUAAGUCUUCCACUGGAAACAUUGAAGUAUCCACUGAAUAUCGAACUAUUUCCGCUCAACAGGCUUUAUUGUUACGCACCCGAUAUUGUGAAGAGACAAACAGAUACGAUUUUGAAACUACUGGGAAACUUUAUGAACAAGUUUGCAGUUUUAAUUCUGGUUGUGAAGAAGCCCAUUUCCGUCUUGCACGUUAUGUUGAUCUAGCCAGGGCUCAAGCAGUUGGCUCUAAACAACAGAAUGCGCUUAUUAAAGUUGCUUUAAAACAAUAUGGUUUAGCACUGAGUUAUGGUAGUCAGUUCAUAUAUCAGUCAAUGCCAAGAUUACUAACCCUAUGGUUAGAUCAUGGUCAAGACUUUGUUCGUAGUUCUCAUGAAUUAAACAAAUCUCAGAAGCAUAACGAAGAAAAUUAUUCACAUUCAGAGCAUAAAGUAUUCAAUGAAAUUCAGGAGAUUAUGCGGAAUAAUUGUCAAAGAAUUCCUGUUUACCAGUUUUAUACUGCUCUUAGUCAGCUGCUAUCCCGUGUAUGUCAUGAAAUUCCCAGCGUGGUCACUACUUUGAUUGAAUUAGUUAUACGGAUAUUUGAGACAUAUCCUUUACAGACUAUGUGGUUUUUGAUCCCAUUGAAUGAUUCCACUGUUCGUCAGAGACGAGAUCGGUGUCAGCUAAUGUUUAGUUUAUUAAAGUCAAAACAACCACAUUUAUCAAAGUUUAUUACUGAUUCUAUCGCACUAUGUAAUCACUUAAAAACAAUUUGUGGGCUAUUUAUGACGGCUGAUCGGCGGGAGCUGCGUAGUUUUAGUUUACGCCAAACUGCACGACCACUUACACGUCUUAUUGAAAGCAGUGACUUUUCGCGUGUACUCAUUCCAAUCCAUAGACAACUAGUUCCCAUACUUCUGCCGCCUAAGGCUUCUUCUGAACAGAUUGCUAGACAUUGGCCGUUUACUGAACAACCAGAUCGAUUGAUUUGUCUUUCACACAUCGAAGAUGUUGUGGAAAUACUUGGAUCACAGACGAGACCAAAAAAAAUGACAUGGGUUGGUUCAGACGGUAGACAGUAUAUUAUUGUCGCUAAACCUAAUGAUGAUCUUCGUAAAGACUCACGUCUAAUGGAAUUGAAUGGAAUGAUUAAUAAAUUUUUAGUAAUUGACGCUAAUACACGAAGACGAGCUCUUCAAAUUCGUACCUAUGCUGUAAUUCCUUUAAGUGAAAAAGGUGGAUUAAUUGAAUGGGUUCGUAAUACACAACCAUUUCGAUCUAUCAUUACGCGUUUAUAUAUUGAUGCCGGUACGCCAAUAAACUGGACUAAUAUGAGUCGCGUAGCUCCUCUCCUUGAAGAUCCUUUGCCAGUGAAACGUGAUAAAUACCUAAACAAGUGGUUACCUAUGUUCCCUCUUGUUUUUUAUAACUGGUUUUUAGUCACAUUUACUAAUCCAAGUGCCUGGUAUUCAGCUAGAGAAUGCUACGCUCGAACUUGUGCAGUUAUGAGUAUGGUUGGUUAUGUUCUUGGUCUUGGAGACAGACAUACAGAAAAUAUACUCUUUGAUUCAACUGGUGGUGAUUUAGUUCAUGUUGAUUUUUCCUGUGUAUUCAAUAAUGGCCUUACAUUACCUUGGCCUGAACGAGUCCCAUUUCGUCUGACUCGUAAUAUGGUUCAUGCUAUGGGACCAACUGGUUACGAAGGUACAUUCAGGCGCUGUUCUGAAGCAGUUAUGCACUUAUUGCGUCGCGAAAUCGAUCCAUUACUGGCAGUAUUUCGUCCAAUUUAUUUCGAUGCCGUUGUAGAACAAGGUGCGAAUGUACGAGGUAGUCCAUUUCAUAUCGGAGAAACUAGUGGACGUACUCGUCGUGGUGGCUCUGAUGCAAGUAGUAAUGUAUCAUCUGAUUCGGAUUUGACAGAACGUGCUACUAGAGCAGCUACAGAAAAAUUAACUCGUAUGGAAGAUCGUUUAAAAGGCAAAAUUACUGAACACGAUGGAUUCAGUCAGAUUUUACCUAUGUCUGUAGAAGGACAAGUGGACACACUAAUCAAAGAAGCAACAGAUGUUGAUCGACUCUGUCAAAUGUAUAAAGGAUGGAUGCCGUUUCUAUAAAUUCCUAGAUUACUAUUUUUUGGAAUACAAAAACAGAAAAAGUUUCAGUUUUUCUUUCACCUUACUGUACAUAUACAUGCCUGUUGUUUAAUGGCUUUCACUCUUAUUAUACCGAGUAUAUAUAUAUAUAUAUUAUAU